AUGCCUUCAGGACCAGGAAAAUUCUCCAUCUCUGAAGACAGCACUGUCGGUGCCGGGCAAGUUGAAACAAAUGUCGUCGUAUGGGCACAAGCCCUCCCAGGAGCUUUCAAUAAGGCACGCAAUGCUACCAUCUUCACUCACCUGGAAACUUGGUACUCGCAACAAGAACUCGGAGCCGCAUUUGAAGCCACGGCCCAAUUUUGA